CGGAAGUUACGAUAUCAUUGUUGGUUGUUCUUCCUUCUUACGGCCAGGACACCCGAAACCUGGGGCUAAUCUUCGAUGAAAUUAAUUAACAUAACCAAUUCAGUUAGUAGUUUCUGUUUCAGUUUGGUGUGAUUUGUUCUCUCUCUCGCCUACUCCUUCCUGGAUUUCUGUCUCUUCGGUUGCUCCAGGCUUUUCAGUAAUCUUUCGCUGCAACAGAUGGAGAUGACAAUGGCGGAUUCUCGUUCGUGCGUCGUUUAUUCACAUAUCUGUGAAGUGAUUGCUGGAAAAGAGCGACGAAUACGUUGGGCGCCGAAGAGAUGUAAGGUAUGUACGGCCGGUAGUGGUCGGUUUAAGGGUUACUGAGUUGCAAUUAGGUUUUCUCUUGUGGAAUUAGGUUUUCUCUUAUGGAAUUCGAACAUCUGUUUAGCAUUCUUCGUUGUCUGGGCUGAAGGUACAUGAAGAAUUGAAUUUGAGUUUUUCUUUUGUGGGUUUCGAGGUGUUAGAAUGAGUUCUAAUGGUAAUCGUUUGAAUAGAAACGUUGAAACCACUUGUGUCUGUUGGCUUCGAUGGAGAAUGCUGUCAAAAAUCGUAUGCUAGGGCUUUCUUAGAGUUUUAUCUGGAAAGGAUUCAAAAGUUAUUAUUUCUUUGUGGUUGUUGUAUGUUGAAGACGAUUUCUUUCUGUUCAGAAGUCAAAAGGGUUUAAAAACUAUUGACGGCUCAAAAUUUUGGUUCUUUGAAUAUAAGAGCGGGAAAUUUUGAAUGGCUGGAAGAAGAGAAUUAGGACUUCCAAGGCCAACGGCUUCCAGUCUAAGAGAACAAGCCGCCAGAACUACACUUCGAAAGGUAAGAUUACAAGGACACACGUACGUUGAACUGAGAGAGGAAGGGAAACGGUUCAUCUUCUUCUGCACCCUUUGUCGUGCUCCAUGUUAUAAUGACUCUACAUUGUUCGACCAUCUCAGAGGUAAUCUUCACAGGGAAAGGUAUGAGGCUGCAAAGGUUACUCUGUUAGGAUCAAACCCAUGGCCUUUUAAUGAUGGAGUUCUUUUCUUCCAUGAUUCACCUGAACAAGACAAGCCCCUGGCUAUCUCUAGUUCUAGCCAAAAGAGGUUAUUGAUUUCUAACAAUAACCACGACGACAAUGACCACAACAACAAUGGUCUCGCUCUUGUCAACCAUGGUGGAAUUUCCAACUGUCUGCCCAAUGGUCCCCUUAUGCUUGAUGGAGUUGAUCAUAGAAAGCAAACUGUUUCCUGUGGGGUUGAAUCAAGAUGUAUAUUGAACAUCAAUGACAAGAACUUGGAUGCUAAUGGUGGGAACCAGACUAUGAUUAUUCGUGAAGUUGUCAUUAAAGAUGAAAUUUCAGAUUUACAAGUAAAGCUUAUGGGUUUUGGACAGAUAUCGGCAAGGAUCUGUGAAAACGAGAUCUCAAAAAGGAUUAGUAGAAUAUGGUGUGCUUGGUUGGGAAAACAGGAUCCAGGUGACAGGGACAUGUUGUCAAUACCAGAUUAUGAGUUUGGUGUUGUUAUUUUUUCUUCUACUUUUGAUUUAGGUAGAAAAGGGUUAUUAGAUGAUUUAAGCCCAUUGCUCUCUUCUAGUCCUCAUACAGAAAUUGAGAAUGUCACUGGCACGAGAAAGAAAAGAAGAAAGUCCUUCUCUGACCCAGAGGAUAUUAGUGAAUCUUUAAGUGACUGUGGUUCAUCAGGAGAAGAUUUUGGAGAUUCUUACAGCUCUAUGUCAAGAUUGCUAUUAGAUAGAUAUGAUGAUCAGCUUCAACAUACAAGGCUUAUAUCAAGCAAGAACUUUAGGCGGGAAUUGAGGCGGCAACAACGAGUAGCAGCUGAAAGAAUGUGUGAUGUCUGUCAACAUAAAAUGCUGCCUGGGAAGGAUGUUGCAACCUUGCUAAAUAUGAAGACAGGAAGAUUUGCUUGCAGCAGUAGAAAUUUGAAUGGGGCUUUUCAUGUAUUUCACACUUCCUGUCUUAUACAUUGGAUUCUUCUCUGUGAGCUUGAGAUAUGGAGAAAUCAAUCAUCCAGCACAAAAAUGACCAACCAAUCUGGGAGAAAGCCUGGGACAAAGUGCAAGAAAAUGCAAAUAGAUGCUGGGAGGGGAAUUGCAGAAACAAAAGUCUCUUCUGUAUUCUGCCCUGAAUGUCAGGGGACGGGUAUAAUCAUUGAAGGAGAUGAGCUGGAGAAACCAUCCAUCCCUCUUUCCGAGAUGUUUAAUUACAAAAUAAGAGCAAGUGAUGCACACAGGGCAUGGAUGAAGGGUCCUGAGAUUUUACAGAAUUGCUCAAUUGGUCUACGGUUCCCUGAUCUGUCUGAAGAAACUGUUCAGGAAAAGGUUUUGAAUCUAAAGUUGCUACGUUUCUAUCGAGCCAAUGGUGAAUAGAUCAUGGAACAAAAUUACUCUGAACUACAUAAAUGUCAAUAUUUUCUAAGUAGUUCUUUAAAGUAGGACUUAUUACUCUGAGCAUAUAUCUGCAGAGUGUUGUACAAACAUGUGCAUUCAUUCCUUAUGAACAGUUGAUGACAAGUUUCUCCAUUGUAAUAGUAGAAUCUGUUCUGUUCUUGUAUCUCA